AUGGCAAAUCACAGCGUCCAUCUCAACGUCUCGAUGCCCAGCCGGGCCGGAUGGACUUGCACUAGUCCUCGUCAGUAUUGGCCCGGCCCUACUGACCUGUCCGAGCCAGGCCCAGUCUCAUUGUGCUCCGGCCGCUUGUCCGCACACCCGCUCAUGUGUUUUCCUGCCAAGUACAGGCCAGAAAAGGUGGGUUUCGAGGAGUCGCUUGUUUCAUAA